AUGCACUUCAACUCUGUCGUUGUCUCUGGCCUCGUGGCCGCCGCCGCGCAGCAGGCCGGUGCAUCGCCGUGCCCCAAGCCGCCGACGACGUACAAGCCCAUCACCAGCAUCCAGUUGGGCCCCAGACCCUACUGGCUGGUCGACGACAUGGACGAGGGCCCUCUCAAGGACAAGCUGCAGUCGUGCUCUGAGCAGCCCAUCAAGCCCACCAAGUGGAGCAUUGGUCACCGUGGCGGCGGUACCAUGUUGAUCCCCGAGGAGUCGGUCGAGUCCAACCUCGCCGGUGCCCGCAUGGGUGCUGGUAUUCUCGAGUGCGACGUCGCCUUCACCAAGGACCGCGAGCUCGUCUGCCGUCACUCGCAGUGCGACCUGCACACGACGACCAACAUCGUUGCCAUCCCCGAGCUCAACGCCAAGUGCACCACCCCCUUCAAGCCGGCCGCCAACGGCACCGCGGCCACCGCCAAGUGCUGUACUUCGGACAUCACCGUGGCCGAGUACAAGACGCUCUGCAGCAAGAUGGACGGCUUCAACGCCUCCGCCACCAACCCCCAGGACUUCUUGCUCGGCACCCCGAGAUACCGCACCGACCUGUACUCCACCUGCGGCACCGUCAUGACCCUCAAGGAGCACAUCGCCAUGACCGACGACCUGGGCCUGCAGUUCACCCCCGAGCUCAAGCUCCCCGAGUCCUUCCACUACCCCGACGUCCUCUACUGGCUCAAGGCCGAGCCCGAGUUCGGCAAGCAGGCCGUCCUCCUCGACGAGAGCGGCGACACGCCCGAGACCUUCCCCCUCGCCGUUGCCAACCUGACCGAGUACGCCGCCGCCGGCGUCAAGAUCAUGGCGCCCCCUCUGUACUACCUCGUCGCCGUCGAGGACGGCGAGAUCGUUCCCAGCAGCUACGCCAUCAAGGCCAAGGAGCUGGGUUUCAAGAUCGUCUCGUGGUCCCUCGAGCGCUCCGGCUUCCUGGGCGAUGGCACCAAGGGUGGAUACUACUACACCUCCAUCGCCAACGUCACCAACAACGACGGCGACGUCUACAACCUGCUCAAUGUCCUGGCCCAGGAUGUCGGUGUUUUGGGCGUCUUCUCCGACUGGAGUGCCACCGUCACCUACUACGCCAACUGCUUUGGUCUGUUCUAA